CGCGCUGCGAUACGGCGAUGACGAUCGCCGACGCCAUGGACAAAGAUAAGCCGCGACCCGCAGUUAAGAGACCAGACGUGUUGAGAAAACUCAACGCGGAGAGUCUCCUUAUCUUAGAAAGGGGAUUAGGUGAAAUACCACAGAAACUUAGACCUAAGAAACCACCCAUACCCGUCAGGGGGAAUUCGACUCAGCUUGUCGUAAGAGAACCUAGUUUCUUAUCCUCCUGCUUACCAACAAUCCCACAAUCGCCAACGGUUGACACACCACCAUCGGCGACAUCGUCGGAAGAUGAAAGGAUUUCACCUAUAAAGAAGAGCUUCAGUUUUCGCGACAGAUUAUCACGUAUGAGUAUAUUUGGAAAAGACAAAGAUAAAAUGGAUAAGCCGAAAUGUAAAACCAUCAUAGAGGAUGAGAAACAUGAAGUUAAAUCCCCCGGCAGUACCACUAGAGCGUUCAAACCUGAUCAUCAUGACCACAAAAACAGUAAACGUUUCUGGUUUUUCAGGAACAAAGAAAUCACGGAAAAGAAACGUCAAAUCCCUGUGUACGUUAGGAGUAAGAGUUUCGAGUUCCUACCGAGAGCGGCCGAGGAAACUGAAACUGAGAAAAAGCCUGACAAAUCCAAACGGACUCUGAAGCACAGUCUGUCUUACGUGUUCUCUAGUACUGAUUCGCUUGACACACUAUCCAAUGAGAGUUCAGAAUUUCCAUCCAACGUUUACUACGACAACGACGAUAAUGUAUUCCUUAAAAGUGUCAAAGAGUUUGCAUCUGAAUCGUCGACUAACAAUUCCAGCAUGUCUAUAGUAACAUCCACAUCCAGUGGUAUAGCUGUCAAUAUGUUCAAGACCCAAUCGGUUCAGGAUAUUAUGGACGAAUUUCAUAAAGCCGUGGAGAUGUUCAGUGAAAGUUAUUUGAGUGACAGUGAACCUUACACUAGGACUGGUCAAAAAAAAGAAAAAGUCGCGGUUAGAAGGAAAAGUUCUUCCUUCAGUAAUAUACCGUCCCCAAAAAUUAUGCAAGUGAACAAAGUGGAUGAUAUCAGUGAGGAUUUUAAGAAACAGUUAAGCAAAGCUUUGAUAGCCAAACGUGAGAGUGGUGGUCUUCAUAUGAAGCCUUCUCCAUGUAGGCGCGGUUCAGUUACCGAUUGGUUCGUUUUAGAAGACAAAGCGGCUGCAACAGCGGCUGCGCAUGAAGAUAACAAAUACAGAAGGGCGCAGAAGAAGCCGGUGAAUAGGGUCAGAAGAAUCAGCUCCACGAAAUACUGGAUAACCCCCGAGGAGAGUGCUGUGUACUGUCGCGAACAGAGGCCUCCAUUGGUAAUACCACGCAUCACGCAGUAUCGCGCGCCGCGUAGAGAGGCGAAGGCAUACCAACACUCAUACCAAGAGGAUCAGGAACCGGCAUCGGUGAAGUCCUCGGUCCGUCAAUAUGAACAGCUACAGGAUUGGAGUCCGACGUCGGAGCGGAGUCGCGGUGACCUGGAGCGGAGUUUCAGCAAAGCGAACUCCGACAGUCCUCCUUUCGUCAGGAUUAAUAAAAGACUGGGUAAUUCAACUGAAAACCUGCUAUUUCCUCCACGGAGACCGAAUCACCUGCAGCUGCCAGCGUCCUCAUCUGGAGACAGCCUGGACAAUGUGGAGGUCAGGGAGCAUGAGCCUGGCUACAUCAAGAGCCGGAAGUCCAGGUCUAUGGUGGCCCCCAAACACCGCCUGAGAUCCCCCGUGCCGGCACCAAGAUUGUUGCUAAAUCAACCUUCUGAGACGUUCGUGUUCCAGGCGCCUGUGAUAAUGGAGGGACCAGUGAAACGCACCAAGUUCUCUGAGAGCGGGAAGAAAAGUAAGAAGAACUGGAACGACUGUUACAUGGUUUUGACGCCCACAGCGCUGGUCUUCUUCAAAGACCAGAAGACGUAUCUUGCUACGCGCGUGGGCAAGCAAGCGGGCACGCCUCCCAGCCCCACAGCCCCGCGCGCGGACCUCGUGCUGCCGCUCCGCAACGCGCAUCUCGUGCACUGCAUACAGAUGCACACCAGGAGGUUCACCAAGUCGAUGGUGUUAACAGUUGGCUACGAUCAGUACCUCCUCCAAGACGAGACCGAGGAAGGUGCGAAGAGGUGGCUCAUUAACAUUCAGAACAUUAUCUACAAACUUGGUCCUCCAAUGCCGGAAGAAUAUCUGCCACAGUAUCUUAGCAGUAACACGGACCUGGAAAGUCUCGGACGUACCCCUCCAGCAACGAGGCACACGCCGAGACAAAGAGCUGGUGGCAGUAGCAACGAAGAUCUUAGCGACUCCACGGAGGCGUCGAUCCAGAAGUCUCACGUCAGAAGUAUAUUGAGGAAAUUCUUCCCGAAACGACCAGCUAUGGAGGUGUUAGUCAAGAAGGGGAUCUACAAAGAUGAGCCUGUGUUCGGUCGCAAGCUGGAGGAGGUGUGUCCGGCGAACAGCCCGCGCGUGCCCGAGUUCGUGGUGGCGUGUGUGAGGGAGAUAGAGAGCAACGAGGACAACAUGUGCACCGACGGACUGUAUCGUGCCAGCGGCAACCUCAGCCAGGUGCAGAAGAUAAGAUUAGAGAUCGACCAAAAUAAUCUAUCGGUUAUAGAGAGCAACACGGACAUCCACGUGCUGACCGGUUCGCUCAAGCUAUUCUUCAGAGAGUUGAAGGAACCCCUAAUACCGUGCAAUAUAUUCGAUAGAAUCCUCGCGGCUUGUUCAAUAAAACCAAGAGAAGCGAAGAUAAAAGAAUUUCGAGAUAUAGUACAAGCUCUGCCUCAAUGUAACAGAGACACCCUCAAGUUCUUGCUAGAACAUCUUCUACGGGUAACGCAAUACAGCGAGCGAAACAGGAUGCACACAGCGAACCUAGCGAUAGUGUUUGGACCAACACUACUAUGGGCACCGGCCGAACAAGCCCACAACAUCGCAAUCGACUGCAUACAACAAAACAAUGUCGUCGACAUAUUACUCAACGAUUUUAAAGAUAUAUUCAUCGAAGACAAUCCGAAAGGGAAAAAGAAGGCGUGAUUUCUACUCCGCCGGAUAUCCCGGACUGACUAUUAAGCCCAUUAUGACUUUUCUUUUUCUUAUCAAAAAGUACUGUGCGUAAGGAUUGUAACAGCCGAAUCGAGAUAGAAAUAAACUUUUAUCAAGUGGCGGUGGUGAUAAACUUGUGAGAAUAAAGUUUGAAAACAAGUAUUAAAAUAAUUAACUCAGCAAAUAGUCACCAUUUGGCUAGUUCUGUAAUCCGAGUUUUAUAUUUUGAAGCGAAUAAUAUAAAUGUAUGAUAUGUAUAACGUUUUAUGUCUGUAGAUAUUUGGAUGAUGUUGUGAUAUGCGUAAGAGUGUGGAACAUCUUGUUAGGUCAAUUUAUAGAUGAUUUGACACAUUUUAUGAUGAUCUCUAUCAUUUGAAUAUUAUUUUUUGUGAAUUAUUUUCCAAAAUUUUAUCCAAAAUAGUGUUGUGACCGUGAAGCAAUAUGUCACGUAAAGACUGUCAGAGGCUCUAGAAAUAAUAAUAUUUUCAAAUGAAACUAUCAUAAAAGUGUGUAGUAAUAGUAAAAUAUGACUUUGUGUGAUUUAGCCAUUAGAGAAGAACAUAUAUAUUGAUUUACCAGAUAUCAUUAUUUUGGGGCCAAAUUUGUAAAUAAUGUAUACUAUAUUUAGGCUUAAAGCCAGCUUGUAAUAUGUGCCUUAAGCUGUAACAUCUGUUUGGUCGUGUAAAUAUUCAUCUUGGAUGAUUGACAUAUGUGAUAAUGGCGCAGUGUUAUAUCUAGUUCCCUCUUAUGUUAAUUUUUUAGCUAAGUAAAUCAUGCUUGCAAAUUGUGAUGGUCUAGUCCUUAUUGUUUUUAACUGGACUUAAAUUAUCAUCUAAAUUUAAAUCAAUAUUUCAAUUAAUAUUUUUAUGAGAAACGUUAAAAAAUACUCAAAUAUGUUAAUCAUAUAGAGGAAAAUUAAAUUUAUUAACUAUAAAUAAGGAACGUAAUAAGCUAGGAACCAAAGUUUUAUAUUUUUGGCUGAUAGAGUAAAUAAAAAUAUAUUAUUAUAUUUGUUGUAUAGUUAUCAUUGUAAAACUAUGUUAACGCCAAUAAUGCUUGAAAGUAGAUGAAGUUACAUAAAAUAA